AUGGCGGAGCUAGCGACGGGUGCCGUCAGCACGCUGCUGGGUGUGAUCGGCAACGAGGCGCUCAGGCUGGGGCGCGUCCGGGUGGACGUGCAGUUCAUCAAGGAGGAGAUGGAGAGCAUAAGCAGCUUCCUGGCGAACCUGGCCAGCGCCGGCCGCGAGCACGACGAGCAGGUCCGCACCUGGAUGAACCAGGCCCGGAUCCUCGCCAACGACUGCAACACCUGCAUCGAUCUCUACCUCUACCGGGGGGACCCCAGCCUCAACCUCCCCUCGGAGGGCCUCUGCCGCUACCUCAGUUGGGCUCCCUGGCUGCUGCGCAAGCUGUACGCGCAGCACCGCGCCGCCGGCCAGCUCAGCGUGCUCAAGGAACGGGCGCGGGAUAUCGGCGACCGCCGGCUGAGGUACGGCGUGGAGGUCAAAACUCCCGAUCGGCCUUCUUCUUCCACACAGCCACUAUUGGAAAUGACCACGGCAGACAAUGAAGAAGAAGAAGAAGAAGAAGACGACGACCACGACGACCAACACAAGGGGGGCACUUUGUCCAUGACCCAUAUGAGUAUGGAUGAUGAAACCUACCUUAAGGAGAAGCUACACCAGUGGAUCGGACCGGUGGUGCGGGAUGCCACGCGCUCAAUACCAUCCGUCGUCAUUCUAGUACCCGAUACCAAGGAUGCCAAGGAUGCCGACACUCUCAUGAGCCAUGCCAGGGAUGUGGCGAACACACAUCUCAAGCAGGCCAUCAAGGGAUCGGCAGGCGAGCACCAUCACGAUAAGGUUCUUCCCAAGAACCAAAUCGAGUGGAACAUCGUCAUCGUCGACGUCCCCAAGGUGCACUAUGAUUACUAUGGACCGCUAGAUGAAUGGGACAUUCUGUACUACAUCUGGCAUCAGCUCAAGCAGUCCCAGCAGCAGCAGCGAGAAGGCACAACUCCUCCUACUACCAAUCGAAUGUACAAACGGAAUUUGUUCCGGGAAAAACUUGGGAUACUUGAAGAAAUAUUUAAUCAAAGGUGUAUGGAGAUUGACCCCAAGUUUGAAGAAAUCACCAGAAGUAUUCGCAGCCAAGUGGGAUCCAAGAAGGAUGUUGAUUUUAAUGAGAAAACAAUCCCCGAGAAAUCCUUAGACCAACUCCUCAUGCGGCUCCUCAUCGCCCAAUCAACUACUGCCACACCAAGUAAAGAAGACCAAAAGAAAUUCGCAGCCUCAUACCAGAAGAUCAUAGAGGAAACUGCCAAGAAGCUUAAAGCAAAAAUACAUGGCAGCUCAGAUCAGCAGAUACAUGGCGUCUCAGAUAAGCAGGUGCCCGAUUAUGAAGACAUCCUACAGGAGGUGUUCCCGGAGCCAACCACCGCGGCCGCUACCAAUGGCCAUACAAAUACAAUUAGUACUACUAGCACACCCGUCGAGGGACAAAUAAUUGAAAUUAUAGAAGGGGUUAAAGAAAUGCUACGUGACUUGAAGAAGCUAGACAACUACUCUGGCGGAGUGAGCAGUGAACCUGCAGCCCAAGGCUCGGAAGCUGAUUUUGGAAAAUCCACAGAGGAGAAGAUUUCUCACGAUAAAACAGAGGAGAAGAUACUAGAAAUCAAGUACAAGAUUUUAGCUCAGCUGAUGAUAAGAGGAAUCGUGGACAAGAUUCAUGAACAAUUAGGAGGUAAUACUAAAAGGAUCCUGAUCAUCCUCAAAACCGAUGAUAACAAGCAUGUAGCAGUAUGGGAAGAGACCAUGAAGAUUCUAUGCCGGCUGGGGUGCAACACCAUCGCUGGUGCUAUGAUUGUGGCCACAAAAACAACUCAGCAUCAGAAUAAGGAAGAUUUUUGCUACCCUCGGUUGGAGGUUCUAGAAUAUCCUCUUGUUGGGCGCUACCUCGACACCAUUCUCGAGAGCACAAAAGAGCCCCUGCGUGAAGAAGACAGCCGCCAGAUUCUUCUUCGGAGCAUCUUGUACGAGUGUGAGCCAGACGAGUUCUCCAUGAAGCUCUUCGCUCACACAUUCCACGCUAAACCAAAGCGGAGCAAUGAAGAGCUGCGUAAGUUACUCAACAACUUGCGUGCCACGCAAAGUUCAUCGCCCGACAUUGCUGCGAAGAUGUUCAACUUCUCCUACAAGGAUCUACCUAAAGGGUACAGGUCCUGCUUGUUGUACCUUGCUAUCUUCCCUGCUGAAACAGAGGUCAGGGUGUCAACCUUGGUAGGGCGAUGGGUUGCAGAAGGGCUGAUAACCACGACAGAUUGGAGUUGGUCCAGUUCAGUGAAAGAAGCCUUGAAAUGCUUUGUGGCGCUAAUUAACCAGGGCCUUCUUUCUCCUGCUGCCAUCGGUGCUACUGGAAAUGUCAAGAGCUGCCGUGUGAAUCAACCAGUUCAUGGAUUCAUUGACAAGAUUGCAAGGAAACAGCGCAUUCUGGAGAAACGCCUGUCAAGUCGCUGGGCUCGUCACUUCUCUAUUUUCAGCGAUGUGCGUCUCCGCAGUUCCCAGAAAGUGGAGGAUUUCUUGAAAAACAUACCCAAGUCAUCUCAGUUCUCCAAGAUCAAGGUGCUAGAUCUGGAACAAUGUAAUUGUUUCAAGGGGAACCGGCGGUACCUGAGGGACAUAUGCAGUAAGAUACUAAUGCUCAAGUAUCUAAGCCUAAGGAGCACGGAUGCGAACCACCUACCCAAAGCAAUCAACAAUCUUCAUGAGCUGGAGGUACUAGAUAUCCGGGAGACUGAGAUUCCUAUGCAUGCAACAAGAAAGAUCCUGCUUCGGAAGCUGAAGCGUGUGUUGGGCGGUUCAAGGCAUACCCAAUUUUCCAGCAUCCAUAUCCCUGAGAAGAUCGACAAAAUGGAGGGUAUGGAGGUACUGUCCAAUGUGGAGCCGCGGAACCAUCGUGAUCUGGACCACAUUGCAGGUCGGUUUACGCUGAAGAAGCUUGGCGUGGUUAUCAGAAAGGAGAGUCACCUCGGGGCAUUGCUUGUAGCUACCAAGGACCUGAAAAGGAGCCUCCGAUCUCUGACAAUUACUCUCAACAUGCUCACUCCCCCAACUGAUCAAUGGUUCAAGGAUAAAAGCACAACGGAGUGGGACCCAAAGGAUAGUCAUCUUGUGAGCCUAAGUAUCAUGGGAAGCACACAAAAGAAGGAGCUUCUUACAUGGUUUUCCACGAUGGCCAUCAAAGUUGCCAAGGUAACCAUAAGUGGCAGUUUCAGGCAGGAUGAUAUGAAUACCCUUGCUGUGUUUCCCAGCCUAAGUUGUGUCAGGCUUCGGCGCAUUCAUGACCAGACCAGCCACGAGCUAGUCUUUGUGGCGGGAUUCAAGAGUCUCUCCACCUUUAUCGUUGAGGACACCAACAUAGCUAAAAUUAAAUUCGAAGACCGAGAUGCUAGUAAGCGUAUGAAGAUGGUGGGACUGAAGGAGAUUGAUCAGGAUGGUGUAGCCGUCCCUAAUAAGGUGGAACAAGACAUCAACAAGAAUGGAGACCAAUCAGCAGGAGGGACGGACAGCGCCGCCAUGGCAAGAUGCCCGUCCUUAUGGAAGGCUAAGAGCUGGCUCUGGAGGAACUGACAGCCAUCCCUUCACUUCAUGGUCAAUUCCUCCUCCCUCCUACCCAUGGUUUGGUUCCACUCGUGUGUGCUAAUAAUUGUGUGUUUGUGUCUGCUCUGCUACUCUACAGAUUGAUAGUUGUGUGUGUGUAUGUGUGUCCAGUUACUAUGUAUAAUAAGUGCCACGGUCGCUUGUAGCCUUGUACGCACAUUUGUUUUAUCAAUAUGGAUUGCCGUGUGCUACGUAUAUGCAUCUUGUGCUUUGGCCACUAAGCCAAUUGUGCGGAGAGAG